GGUUCAUUUCUGUUGUGUUCAUGAUGGCCAUAACUCCGGAAGCAUUUCAGAAGGAGAAAUCUGACACACACUUCGUAGCUUCCGAAAUCGUUCCGCUCUAAUUCAUGACCUUUAGAAGUCGGUACAGCUCAUGGUGAAUGAGGAGGAUAGCAGGGAGUCUUGAUGGAGACACCAUGGUGAAUUGCAGAGUGGUCGUGACGUUGUAGAAUCAAGCCCCCAAGAGGUAGUGAUAGGUGGUGCCAGGGAGGAGAAUUUAAGGGAGUAAAUUAUUUGAUUAGGGCCCUGCAGGAUGAUUUCACUUGUGUUGACAGAGGGAGGGAGGGAGCGCAUCAGAGUUGAUUGAUCGCGACUUGCUGACAUUGAGCUACAAUUAGAUAUCAUGAGUUGGUCUAGUUAAAUGCUUUGCGGAUUAUGAGACAAGGGAAGAUGGAGUGUGAUUAUAUGCUGCUAUAUUAUGUUUUGCACCUCAUCUUAUGUCUCAUUGUUAGUUGUGCUUUUCUUUUGGCGUUCUCUCCAUUACCAAAUUUGGCCAAGAAUGGCACCGAUAAUAUUCAUUUGGAAUUUUAGCUGUUGUAGGAACGAUAUGUGGUAGGAGACAAUUCAAGCCAUCCGAUUUGAUUGUUCAAUCCGAUUAGGUUCUCAAUUGAAUGGUCUUCACAAGUUGUACAUUGGUUUCUUACUUGCUUCCGCCACUUCGUUCAUUGCCCUGCAAGUGUGCCGAGCUCUGGAGGAAGUUGCAAAUUUUGAAGGGUUGACGUGAUGGUGUGAUGCAAUUUUCUCCUCACGUCUACUUGACGCCCUUGCCGUGAAAUUUAGGUGGUUUACAGGAAUCUUGAAGAUUCUCCGUGAUUCACACUUGAAGCGCUGACCCAAUCGUCAGUAUGGAUACGUACCCUGGACCAGAACAAGCACAACGCUGUGGAGAGGACACCUUUCGGAUGCAGGCAGGCCAGCAUUAUGUUCAGAUGCGAUCACCCUUGGCAACGUUUGUUACGGACGUGCGACGACGAAGAAUCGUUACCAGCCAGGAAGACCAACCCCUUCCAUGCACGAGGCGCCAACUGUUGCAGGAGUUGGAGUUACGGACGAAAAGAGAAGACGUUCUGGUCCAGGAACUAAAAACAAGGAUGAUGAAGGAAGAGACAUUAGUGCAAGAGCUGAGCUCAAGGAAGAAUAGGGAGGGGAUGUUAUGGAGAAGACUGGAGGCAUUAAGACAGAGGGAAGUCGAUUUUCUCAGAGACCAAGAUUUCAGAAAGAAGAUAGAGAAAGAAUUACUGCAAGAGUGCUGCAAGCUUCAAAAAGAACGAGAUGAAUGGUCGAAUUUGUGCACCAGUGCCCUCGCGAGCAUGAAAGGGCUUGAAGCAGAAAUAGAAAGCAGGAACAAAAAGUUCGCAGAAAUGGAGAGAAAAUUAAACCUCUGUCAUGCACCUGAGGAGUCUAGAGCGGGGAAAAAGGCCCAAGAUGAAGUGCUUUUUUCGCAAAAGAAUGAUUUAAUAGUUGCGCUACAGUUCCAUAUUGCCGAACUAGAGAAACAGAAGCAACUACAUUCCGAUAACAUGGCGGAGAAGGACGAGGUGUUGAGGGAUGUGAUAUGUACAGUCAACUCAAUGCAAGUGAAGCUAUACAAACAUGUUGCUACCCUAACAACAAAUGUGCAGGAGUUUAAGAGGAUAAUAGAGAACCCUGUCGAGACGAAUUUGCCAGUGUGCAACCCCUGGAAUAAUAUCGAAGACGAUCCCGAAGUUGAGGAGACCACUUUUUCUGAUAAGCAUGCAGAAAAUCUUGGAUGGCCAAGCUUGGAGUUAAGCGCGAGAAACCUCAUGAAGGAGAUUGAAUAUGCACAAUCGAUCAUGGCCCUGGUUGCGAAGCAGGCUGUACAAAAGCGUUGUGAAGUUCCGUUUAGGCUGGAGCCUACAUCGGACGCUGAUUUGAAUUCGUGCAAACUUUGCAGAUGCGUGAGGAUCUAGGUGUGAAUGCUGUGGCUACCAACAAAAGAUAUUCUUGAUGACAAAAUUAUGAAGCAAAGGAACUGAUGCCUCAAAAUUUCGCGGCGCGGAGAUUGGCUGAAGACUCAACCGGGCUGUCUCAAGCACUGGCUCAAAAAUACCAGCUUCUCAAAGUGAUCUUCAGAAGAUCUUCAGCCAAGUUUUCCAACUACUGUGUCGAAAUUUAAUGUCGCUGCAGGUCAUAUCUCAAAUGGGGAAUGUUGGGCAUAUUCCUAUCUUCAACACAAGGUACAGAAAAUAUGGCAUAAGAAACGCCGAUUCUCCUCGCACUGUGUCCAAUCUUCUGGAGAGAGAGGAUACAGACUUUAGGGCAAAAACCUCAACAAUAGGUUUGCUCGAUUUCUUCUCAAUCAUCAGUGGUAGGCUUUUCUUUUGUCACUGAUAUCUUUUGCUGAAAUGAACCAAGCAUUGGAUAAUGACUGGUUCAAACAACGUUUUUUUAAUUAACAGUCGUGAUCACUCACAUGAAAAAAUGUAAUGUGUGAUCGUUUGUGUCUGAGCAUGACAACUAGAGAUGUGAAUAGUGGAUUCCUUGCUCAUAUUUGUGGGUCAUUUGGUCAAUGGAUCAAGUUGUCACAAAAAGCUUUUCUAGCACUUGUAAUCUAAUUUUGUUUGAACAUACGGGGCAUGCCGAUAGAGGGCACUUUUUUCGAGGAUAUGAGAUGACAUCUGAAGAAAGGAACUAAUGUAGGACUCGAAAUUUGUU